AUAACUCCACAAAUGCCUCAUGAUUCACUAACAAACACAAUGUGGUUAGCAAAUACAAAACACCAUCUACAAACUAAUGCAUUUAGUUUUGCAAAGAAAAAACGAAAAAGUACUUCUACUUUGAUCUGAGUGCGUCUCCAUGUAUGGUCUCCACUCCCAGUCCCACAGUCUCUGUCGUUAACGAUUAUGAUUUAGUUUCGAUUUGCCCGGAAACUGUCAGUGAAACUUUGAAUUUGAACGUUAGGCGGUAAAAGAGGAGAAGAUGUCUCGACGUGCGGUUAUAUUCCUCUGUGCGUUUGGACUAUUUCAGAAAGGUCUGAGCGCUCUGGUAGAGACCCAGCUCACUGUGAUGGCAGCAGUGGGAGAAGAGUCAUGCUUACAGUGUCAACUGAUGCAAUCCAAGAAUGUUCUGCAAGUCACCUGGCAGAAAAUCCUCCCUGUGGGCGAAGACAAUAUUGCUACUUACACCAGAAAGUUUGGUCAGACAGUGAAUGCUGGUUUUAGAGGAAGAGUGGAGUUUAAAACUGCUGGACUGCAGAACUGCUCCAUAAAUAUCAUGAACGUCACGGAGCGAGAUGAAGGAUGCUAUCGCUGUCUGUUUAACACCAUCCCUGAAGGUGCUUUCAUCGGGAGAACCUGCCUCCAGAUCUAUGAGCUGCACGAACCCUUUCUGCACGUCGUAGACUCGGUGGUUUCUUGCUCGGCCACAGGUCGACCUGCUCCCACGGUAACCCUGGAUGUCACUCCCUACAACUCUACCUCUGUCGCCAAUAGCAACGGAACAUUCACUGUCACCGUGACAGCUCGUCUCCACAACAACAGCAGAGAGGUUGGAUGUGCCGCACAAGUUCUCACUGCUCCUCAGAAAGAGGCGUCCAUGGCGAUCCCAGAGGUCAAAAUGUUGGCUAUUAAAGGCUCUGAAGAAGACUCCCGGCCUGAUAACAGUGGUGUUGCUUUGGCUCUGAUCAUUGUGUCUGUGGUACUCUUCUGUGUGUGUGUUGCUGUUGCAAUCACUGCCUUCCUGUGUUUAAGAAAACAUCUGAAAAGUGUGUCGGAGAAGGACUCUGAGAGGACCAAGACACCUCAGAAAUCAACCAAAGCCUCUCUUGAGGCCCAAACACCGUUAAUGAUGGAAGAGAACGAGCUACGGCAACGGACUCCUGGGGGGAAAAAGAACAACAAUUCGGAAACAUCACAUCUGAAAGUUAAAAAUAAUCUUUUUUCAUGAUCACAAACUAAAUCUCUCAGGACUGUAGAGCCACAACAGUAAUAUAGUCCUGAAACCAUAACUCAACAUGUCUGUUCCAGUUCAUAGGAAAAUAUCCAGCAAUCAGAAAGACUCAUGUACAGUCAUUUAGAUAAUUUGAUUUAAUCUGUGAAAUAAUUUAGACCUUUUUUUUGUACAUAUUUGUUUUAUAUGUCUUCUUUUAUAUUUGUUGAUACUUUUUGUAUUUGUUUUAAUAUAAAAUGAAUACAUCUGAUAUUAGAUUAGAUAUACUUUUUUGAUCUCAAAUUGGGAUUUAUUUUUGCAUGUAAUUGCAUUGCACAUGAAUUGACGUAGAGAGUACACAAUUUAAAAUAAAAAAACACUAUAGAAGACUCACCAGCUACUACGACUACUAAAAAACACAGAAUAUGUGCUUUAUAAAAUGUGCAAAUAUGACAAUCUUGAAAUGAUUGGGUAUUUUUUCAAACCGAUUAUAUAAUGAAUGUUUAAAAAUGUUGUAAAAUAAAAUCUCAAAACUAAA